CCUUUCCCUGCUCCGCCCCGCCCCUGGCCUCUCUCCUCCAGCUCCGCUCCCGGGCGCUCAGCAGCUGGACACCCGCGCUUCGCGGCCAUGGAGAUUCCUGGGAGUCUGUGCAAGAAAGUCAAGCUGAGCAACGACGCGCAGAACUGGGGGAUGCAGAGAGCAACUAAUGUCACCUAUCAAGCCCACCAUGUCAGCAGGAAUAAGAGAGGUCAGGUGGUGGGGACCAGAGGUGGCUUUCGUGGUUGCACAGUUUGGCUGACAGGAUUGUCCGGGGCAGGGAAGACGACCGUGAGCAUGGCUCUGGAGGAGUACCUGGUGUGCCAUGGCAUUCCGUGCUACACUUUGGAUGGCGACAACAUCCGUCAGGGUCUCAAUAAAAACCUCGGCUUCAGCCCCGAGGACAGGGAAGAGAAUGUCCGGCGCAUCGCAGAGGUGGCGAAGCUGUUUGCCGACGCCGGCUUGGUGUGCAUUACAAGCUUCAUAUCGCCUUACACGCAGGAUCGCAACAAUGCCAGGCAGAUCCACGAGGGUGCAAGCUUACCCUUCUUCGAAGUUUUUGUUGAUGCUCCGCUGCAUGUGUGUGAGCAGAGGGAUGUCAAAGGACUCUACAAGAAAGCACGAGCAGGAGAAAUUAAAGGCUUCACUGGGAUUGAUUCUGAGUAUGAGAAACCAGAGGCUCCGGAGCUGGUGCUGAAAACGGAUUCCUGUGACGUCAAUGACUGCGUGCAGCAAGUGGUGGAGCUUCUCCAGGAACGGGACAUCGUCCCUGUGGAUGCCUCCUAUGAAGUUAAAGAACUGUACGUGCCAGAGAAUAAGCUUCAUCUGGCAAAAACUGAUGCGGAAACACUACCAGCACUGAAAAUCAACAAAGUGGAUAUGCAGUGGGUGCAGGUUUUGGCCGAAGGUUGGGCAACUCCUCUGAACGGCUUCAUGAGAGAGAGGGAAUACUUGCAGUGCCUUCAUUUUGGUUGUCUUCUGGAUGGAGGUGUCAUCAACUUGUCAGUGCCUAUCGUUCUGACAGCUACACAUGAGGACAAAGAGAGGCUGGAUGGCUGUACAGCGUUCGCUCUGCUGUAUGAGGGCCGCCGUGUGGCUAUUCUUCGGAAUCCUGAAUUUUUUGAGCACCGGAAAGAGGAGCGUUGUGCCAGGCAGUGGGGAACAACAUGCAAGAACCACCCCUACAUUAAGAUGGUCCUGGAACAAGGAGAUUGGCUGAUUGGAGGAGAUCUUCAGGUUCUUGACCGAAUUUACUGGAACGAUGGUCUUGAUCAGUAUCGUCUUACCCCGACUGAGCUCAAGCAGAAGUUUAAAGAUAUGAAUGCUGAUGCUGUCUUUGCAUUUCAGUUGCGUAACCCAGUGCACAAUGGACAUGCUCUGUUAAUGCAGGACACUCACAAGCAGCUUCUGGAGAGGGGGUACCGGCGCCCUGUCCUCCUCCUCCAUCCUCUUGGUGGCUGGACAAAGGAUGAUGAUGUUCCUCUGAUGUGGCGUAUGAAGCAGCAUGCCGCAGUGCUGGAGGAGGGUAUUUUGAAUCCUGAGACGACAGUGGUGGCCAUCUUUCCAUCUCCUAUGAUGUAUGCUGGGCCAACCGAGGGAAUUUACUUUGGUGAAUUCAUUGGUGUAUUGGAGACUCACACUGCAAAGAUUCACAUGAAGAUAUUGGAGAUUUAUACGGAAGUGACACUCACACUUGCCAUGUGA